GAAAACACCCAGGGCGGAAGUUUAAGCAGCUUGGUUGUCACUUAAGAAACACGUUGAGCUAAAUUGUGGACCAAGCCGACAGUCAAACCGUGAUUGUUUGUUAUAUUUCAGGAUGGAUGUGGCAGCGGAAUGAACGGGGCGAUCUCGGCUUGUCUUUUUUCUGUGAUUUCAACCCCCUAGAGGAUAUGCUGUGUUUUUAUCUUUCAGUAUCUCAUUCAGGAAGGAAGCAAUUGCACUGGAAACCUGCAGAGCUGAGCUAACCCAUUUUUGUUAUACUGCUUCACGACUCUUCUUUUAUACCGCAAUUUCUGGGGAAAUGAGAGCGACAUUAUUCCUGCUGCACGCCAUCUCAUGUUGCUGGUUGGUCGGUGCCACACUUUCCAAAACUGAUGCAAAGAAGUCGCAUAAAGCUGAGGCCGAGGUGAGCAACUUCAGGUCGUUUACCUUGAAACCUGUGGGGGGCUGUCAGGUCAUGCAUGUCCUACCUUACCUGCAUGUUUGUUUGCAUGUCACAGGGCUCAGCAGAAAUGUCCAGGAUCAGUAAAAAGUAAACAUGCACCAUUAAAUCGGCCGGCCGAUCGAUCGGCACUGAUUUCCUCAAAUUUGGGGGAUUGGUGAUUGGCUGAUCCUUACGUAUGAAACCAGUUUUAUCCACCGAUCUUCUUUACCUCAGCAAAGGUCUGAAAGUCAGCCGUUUUAGCUUUUGGCUUUGCCAGAAUGACAGGCUCGCCCACCAGGUCAUGUGUGCACGCAUGUUAUUAAAAAAAAUCGGUAUCAGCCAAAAUCGGUAUCGGCAGGUCAAGCUUUUUAAAGAUCGAUGAUCGGCCAGAAAAUUGUCAUCGGUGCACCCCUGGUAAAAAGGCCCACAUCUUUACCUGACAUCUUUCCACUCUUGAUGUGUAUGUGUAUCUGUAUCUGUCAUAGAGCUUGACUUUCCUCUCCCUCUUGACUUUUCAGACCUCACCAGCUGAACUGUCUGUGCUGGAGAGAGGCCUUGUUGUGUCAGACCCUCACUGGAAAGACAUUGUGAAGGAGGAAAAGAGACACUGCGUCCACAUUAAGAAGACAUUUCAGGGACAGGUUCUUGGUUAUGUCACACCUGUAAGUCUGAAAUCCAGCCCAGCAACGUGGCUACCUUCACUUGUCAACAUUGACAGUAGAGUUAUUGCCACAGUGUACAAAGAAGCUUUUGUCUUUUUCUCAGUCUGUCUCAGUCUUGUAUUCAUUCACACUUGACUUAAUGGUACUCCUUCUCAGAAAGUAAUAGUUGGAAGUUCAGCUGAAACUGACUUGGCCUGACAGAUCUACAUUUAAGUCAUUUAAAGUUUCAAAGUUCUUAUCAUGCAAACUAACUUUAUUAUGAAGCAACCAUUUCCAGCUAAAAGACUGUAACUUUAAUAAAACUGCAACCACAAGUUGAUCCUGCACUUCAUAUAAAAUAGACUUGGUAGUAUUAAAAUUGUGACGAUAAUCUUUUUUUCUUUUUUAUGCAAAAAAAAUAGUCUCUUCUUAUUCAAGGGUCUCUAUAGUUAAGAUCAAAUGAUUUGCUUUUCCUUCAUCAAAGGUACUCAGAGACAUAUUUCUUGGGCAAAUAAUGUAAAUAAGGAAUACAUAACUAUUGUAUACACUGCAAAGUCGUUCUUUAUUGUGAAAGUCAUUUUUCAUGAUACUUUCAGGCUGUAGUCAUGGUGGUGGAAAAGUCUGUUCCUUUAGAGUUGAUAGUCAAAACAGCUGAGCACACACUUCAUAAUCAGCAUCAGAUAAACAAAAAGAAAAAGAGUUGCUGCUUCUAGCUUCAGAGGUUAGUAAAUAUGACCAUCAUAUACACUGAUGAUGUUCAAGUUAGAGUGUUAUUCAAGGGCCAGAGUUGAGAGGCAAAUUAUUGCAUUAACUAAAAAAAAAUACAUUAAACUUUUCUCAUGGUGCUCCUUGUCUAAGUUGUUCUGACUCAAUUCCUCCAUGUUUACAGUCUUUUUCUCCAAUUUUGUAGUGGAACUCCCAUGGCUAUGACAUUGCCAAGAUGUUUGGCUCUAAGCUGACAUCAGUGUCUCCAGUGUGGCUUCAGCUCCGUCGACGGGGCCCUGAAACAUUUGAUGUGACAGGACUACAUGAUCAUGACCCAGGUAGAGGACUGAACCACAAAUACUCAAACGUUUGUCCAACCUUCGUUAGAAACCAUAUAUAUAUAUAGUUAUUUUGUUUAUUUCUAAUCUUUUUAUGCCUUUAUUUGGAGAGACAGGAUAUAGUGGGGAAUGGUUAGUGUUAGGGCUACAGUUGGAGGAUUACAGCUUCUGUACAUAGGGCAUGCAAUUUAACGAUUGAGACUGACCAACACCCAUUUAAUUCUAUUACUUUUUUAUGAUUGGCCUGUUUUAUUAUUUUUUUGAUUAUCUAAGGACCACUGCAAUUAAUUUUAAGCUGCAUUUAAGAGUCCUAUUGUUUUUCUAGGCUGGGUCAAAACUGUACGUAAAUCCAACAAAAAAGUCCGGAUUGGUGAGUCGAUGUUCAUCUCUGCACACAAGUGAGCCCUAUUCUGCUAUUCUGGAUCAGUGCCUGUGGUUUCACAUGGGACCCUGCUGUUUGCUCAUUUUCUUUCCUCUCAGUGCCGCGGCUGUUAUUUGAUGGCUGGUCUUACCAGGAUUACAUGACUGUGCUGGGGAGUGAAGAUGAAAUUGAGGAGCUGGGCAGCGAGCUGGUGGAUGUUGCAAAGGUAAUUAAGGGAUGUGUUUAGUUUUAACUCCCCUGCAGCAGCUUUGUUUUGCCCUGUGUCAGGCUAAUAAGCUUUGGCUUUGCAGACUGAAGGUUUUGAUGGCUUUACAUUGGAGCUGUGGAGCCAGCUGGGAGGCAACAAAAGGAAGUGAGUUUACACUGUUGCUUUGUCAGUUUUACAAACGAAUAAAUAAUGUUGUAGCUAACAUGUUAAAUCUUCUCCACACAGGGAGCUGGUUCACAUGGUGAAACACAUAUGUGAGACGUUAAAGGCUAAAAAAUUAGACUGCAUUCUUGUUAUUCCACCCGCAGUGACAAGGUGACUGGAAACAGUUCAAUAUCAGACACUAAAAAAGUUGAACGUUGUUACAGGAAUUGGUGUUAAUUUCUUUAAUUUUCUUGUUUUCCUAUCAUUAACAGUGCAGGGCAGCCGGGGAUGUUUGGCAGGGAGGAGUUUGAGCAGUUGGCCCCUGCAGUAGACGGAUUUAGCCUUAUGACAUAUGACUACUCCAGUGGUACCAGGUGAGCAUCACUGACAACGUCCAUUCAUUCAUUCAUUUUGGCAGUAUCUUCAGGGAUAUAUAAACAGCAUUAAUGAAGUCACUGUGAUAAUUCUUGUUGCAUAUAUUAUUUUGAGUUUGUUUUUGUUUCUUAUUGGAAUAGAGCAGGUCCAAGCUCUCCUUUGCCCUGGGUGAGGGACUGUGUCCUCCAGCUUGCACCCAACACUCAGUGGAGGCAAAAGAUCCUGCUGGGAAUCAAUUUGUAUGGCCUUGAUUUUGCAAGCCAGGGAACAGAGCCAAUCCUGGGUGGAAGGUACAAUAUUAUAUUGACAAAUGUUGGACAACCAGAGCAUUGUAGUCUGUUUAUUUGGUUUUAGUCUUUUUUUAAAUUUGCAGUGGAGGUUUAAUUUAAAAGAAUGACACUAACAAUUCCCAUAAUAAAGUUUGUAGAUACCAAAUAAAAGGACAGUAAAAACCAGUGUGUAAAUGAAACCGAUUUCACCCUCUUUGCCUUAGCCUUACCCUCAUCGUUACCAAGACAAAAAAACACCUUCACAGAAAUCUACCAUGUGAAGUAACUUUUCUGUCAUUAGCAAAAAAUAUCCCUGAAAUACAGUAAAAACAAAAGGGUGAAACUGAUUGAGAACUCAGUCUCAGAUUCAGACCUCUGUCUAAAACUGCUCUCAUUUUUUUAAUUGCAGGUACAUAGAGAUUUUGCGAGAACACCGACCAAAACACCUCUGGGAUGAAUAUUCAGGAGAGCAUUACUUCAGUUACAAAAAGUACUGAUUCAUAACACUUAAGUUAACAAAUGAUGGAAAAAAAUCUGAAAAAUCUUAUAACAUCACUUACCAAAACCUGUGGCUUUCAUUUCAGGAACAAUGCAGUCAAGCAUGUGGUGUAUUAUCCGUCUCUAAAGGUAAGUCUUUUUCACAUAUAAGUUUAUUUCGAAGAAAAAAGGGAAACUAUUGACUUAAGUGAUGUUUUUAGUAGGUGCACUGCUAAAUGAUGGGUACUGAUAUUGUUCAAACUGUUUUACAGUCAAUCUACCUGCGGAUCUCUUUAGCAACUGAACUUGGAACAGGAAUUUCCUUAUGGGAACUGGGACAAGGACUGGACUAUUUCUAUGAUCUCCUAUGAGAGUUGGACUUGAAAGUGAUGAAUGGACCCUCAAUCGUCAGCACUUUUUUUUUGACAGGAUGCACUAAAAAAAAGUGCCGAAUGCUGGUCUUAACUACGAGUGUGAGUGACAUGUUCUCAGCUUAAGGGUUUAAAAAUCAAUGUGAAUGAAUCUGGGAUUUGUUGAUUCAAAGAUGGUUGCAGCGGGUAGUCGGUACUUCAGUAUGUUUUACUGUUUCAGGGAUGAUGAAACUGACAGAAAAAAAAUCUACUUGAACCCUUCAGUUAGAGUGCAUCAAUAUCUAUCAGCCACAGAAAGUGCAUGAUCACCACUGUACAGUAUAUGUAAGUUAUAAAUGAAGGGUAACCUUGUUGUAAGGCCUUCUUACUUCACAUGCCUCAAACAUUUGCAGCUUCCCUGAAGUCUACAUCUUUCAUUACCCAGCUCUCCAUUUCUGCACUUGGAUUGUUUUUUGCCUGCUGAAGAUGCAGCAUUUUUCCCUCAAAGCUGUAUCUUCUCUUAACAUCCCAAGUCUUCUCAUGUUUUUAAUUUUUCAAAUCAAGACAUAUGAUUGUGUGUUUUUAUGAAGUUCAGAAUAUGAGCAUUGACAAGAGUGAAAGUCAUAUUUACAAUGUUGACAAACAUCUGUUCUGACCAGAAUCUUCCACUUUUUUUCUGAGAUGAAUGUUUUAUUACAUGAAAAUAAACUUGGAUCAACGCAGCAGUUUAA